UCCCCGGUUCUUCAGCUCCUGUUCCUCUCUAUCUCUCUCUCUCUUUCUUUCUCUCUCUCUCCCUCCCUCCAUAGCUGUCUCCUCACUCCCACUAGCAAGAGUUCUUUAAUGGCAAAAAAACAAAAUUGUUUCUGAAACACUCUUUUCACUAUAACCAAUUUCUCAAAACAGCAAAAAAGAGCGCCGACUCUGCGUCCCUCUCUUCCUCUGUUCUAAAUCUUUAUUUCCAUCUCCGUAUAUUUCUAUAACGGUGGAUAUACAUAUAUGUUAUCAAUUUGUGUGAGUGUUUGUUGAUGGGACUCUAAAUGGGUUCUCUUGAUACUGGUUAUUCUUUGAAGAGGGAUCAAAAUUUACUUCGUUCUUCUCCGUUUGGUUCAAAACCCAGAUCAAGAUUUGCAAGACUGGUGUUGUUCAAGAGAAUAGAUUAUCUACAAUGGGUUUGCACCGUUGCAGUUUUCUUCUUCUUUGUGGCUCUCUUUCAGAUAUUCUUGCCCAGUUCAUUCAUGGAACACUCAGAGAAUUCGGGUAGAGGAGGAGAGGUAGUAUAUUCUGGAGAUUUGAUGCUAUUGAAGGAGAUUGGUGGGUUAGAUUUUGGGGAAGAUAUUAUGCUCGAGGCAUCUAAGCUUUUGGUUAAAUUCCAGAAAGAGUCUAAUGAGGUCAAUGUGAGCUCCAGAGGAGGAGUGAGAUUUGGGUAUAGAAAACCCAAGCUUGCUUUGGUUUUUGCAGAUCUAUUAGUUGAUCCACAACAGAUACUGAUGGUUAGUGUUGCUGUUGCUUUGCGGGAGAUUGGGUAUGAAAUUGAGGUUUACUCACUUGAAGAUGGUCCUGUUCUUGCUAUCUGGAAAAAUAUGGGUGUUCCCGUCACUAUCUUCAAGGCGGAUGUCGUCGUAGAUUGGCUAUCCUAUGAUGGCACUAUUGUGAACUCAAUUGAAGCCAGGGAAGUCCUUUCUCAUCUUCUGCAGGAACCUUUCAAGUCCGUACCUCUUAUAUGGAGCAUCCAUGAAGGAACACUUGCUACUCAUUUGAGACAAUACAUGUUGAGUGGCCAGUUUGAGCUUCUAAAUGAUUGGAAAAACUUCUUCAGCCGUGCUACUGUCGUGGUCUUCCCAAACUAUGCCCUGCCAAUGUUUUACUCUGUGUGUGAUUCUGGAAACUACUUUGUUAUUCCGGGUACUCCUGCUGGAGCAUGGGGAGCAGAAAACUUUAUGGUAUCGUACAAAGACAAUCUACGCCUCAGGAUGGAUUAUGGGCCUGAUGACUUCAUUAUUGUGAUUGUGGGAAGUCAUUUUUUCUACAGUGGUCUGUGGCUGGAGCAUGCCUUAGUCUUAGAGGCUUUAUUACCAUUAUUAACAGACUUCCCAUCUGAUAACAAUUCGAACUCUUAUCUCAAAAUCAUCAUAGUAAGUGGGGAUUUGACUGGCAAUUACAGUGUGGCUUUGGAGGCAAUUGCUCUUAACUUAAGAUACCCAAGGAACAUAGUGAGGCAUGUUGUCGAUGAAGACGCGGACAGCGUUCUAAGCAUGGCUGAUCUUGUGAUAUAUGGAUCCUUCCUUGAAGAGCAAAUUUUUCCGGACAUUUUGGUAAAAGCUAUGUGCCAUGGGAAGCCAAUCAUUGCUCCAAAUCUAUCCAUCAUACAUAAAUAUGUGGAUGACAGGGUGAAUGGUUUUAUUUUCCCCAAGGAGAAUAUAAGGGUUCUCAAACAAAUACUCUUACAAUUGGUCUCAAAAGGGAGGUUAACAACUCUAGCUCGCGAUAUUGCAUCAAUGGGCAAGCGCACUGCUGAAAACCUUAUGGUUUCGGAAACUAUUGAAGGGUAUGCUUCUCUAGUAGAAAAUGUUCUCAAGCUCCCAUCAGAAGUUGCGCUUUCCAAGGCUGUAACCGAAAUCCCUAGCAAAAUGAAAGAGAAAUGGCAAUGGAAACUAUUUGAGUUAAUACCAAAUUCAACACGGAAAAAUAGAACUUUGAGAAGCCACGAAUUUUUGGAGAAGGUUGAAAAACAAUGGACCCGUAACCAAACACGGGGUUCUGGUGCUGUAUUUGGCACGAAUGAAACAUCAUUAUAUCAUUUUUUGGAGGAAGAGAAACAAAUUGAGAUGGCCAAUACAAGGAAGAGAGGAGAAGAAGAAGUGUUGAAGGACAGAACUGAUCAACCUAGGGGAACAUGGGAAGACGUGUAUCGAAGUGCCAGAAAGGCGGAUCGGUCCAAGAACAAUUUGCAUGAAAGGGAUGAUGGAGAGCUUGAAAGGACAGGCCAACCGUUAUGCAUCUAUGAACCAUUCUUUGGGGAAGGAACCUGGCCUUUUUUGCAUCGUUCUUCACUCUAUCGCGGAGUUGGGCUGUCCAACAAAGGUCGAAGGCAUGGGGCAGACGAUAUCGAUGCACCCUCUCGGCUUCCACUUCUUAACAACCCUUACUACAGAGAUGUCCUUGGUGAAUAUGGAGCCUUUUUUGCAAUAGCUAACCGUGUUGACCGCAUCCACAAAAAUGCAUGGAUAGGGUUCCAGUCAUGGAGAGCAACGGCUAGGAAGGAUUCUUUGUCUAAGACUGCUGAAACUGCAUUAUUAGAUGCUAUCGAAGCACGCACUCAUGGCGACACUCUCUACUUUUGGGUUCGUAUGGAUAUGGAUCCAAGAAACCCAUUGCAACAGGAUUUUUGGUCAUUCUGUGAUGCUAUGAAUGCUGGGAAUUGCAAAUCUGCUUUUUCUGAGACUCUAAGGAAGAUUUACAGCAUAAAGCAUGAUUUGACUUCUCUUCCUCCCAUGCCUUUGGAUGGAGACACGUGGUCUGUUAUGAACAGUUUGGUUUUACCGACCAAGUCCUUCAUGGAGUUUGUAAUGUUUUCCAGAAUGUUUGUAGAUGCACUGGACGCACAAUUCUAUGAAAAGCACAAUCAAAGUGGACAGUGUUAUCUGAGUUUAUCCAAGGACAAACAUUGUUAUUCCCGGGUGCUUGAGCUACUCAUAAAUGUGUGGGCAUACCACAGUGCAAGGAGGAUCGUGUACGUGAAUCCGGAGACCGGAGCCAUGCAAGAGCAACACAAGUUGAAGAACAGGAGAGGUCAAAUGUGGGUCAAAUGGUUUUCGUAUACCACUCUCAAGAGCAUGGAUGAGGAUCUAGCAGAGGAGUAUGAUUCAGAUCAGCCAAGGAGGCGGUGGUUGUGGCCAUCAACGGGUGAGCUGUUCUGGCAAGGAGUGUAUGAGAAGGAAAGGAAAAGAAGAAACCGAGAGAGAGAGGAGAGAACCCGACUGAGUAAGGAAAAACAUGAUAGGAUGAAGAAAAGAAAUCACCAAGCUACUAUAGGGAAGUAUGUGAAGCCUCUACCAGAGGAGGGGGUGGAAGAUUCUAACUCGACCGUGGCAUUGAGAUAGCAUUGUUCUAAUUGGCGUUGGUUAUGAAGGUAAGUAGUCUGAUUUUAUGAUUCAAUUAUUAUUUUCGAGUGUAACCCCCUUCAUUUUUUCGUUCUCUGUCCAAAGGGAUGCCUAGGGCUUGUGUUUCUCUAUCGGAAGCCUUCGUAUGUAACAGUUGCAUCCUUCUAAAUGCUUGAAAUGUAAAGUAGCCGGUCUGCUUCUUUUUUAACUUCUCGUGUAGCUCCUGUCGAAAAGAUAUUAGAAAGAGGAAUGCAGAUAACUCUGAAACCUCGUCAGGGACUGUUUGUCUAACUUGGAAGUAUAUAUGAUAUGUUGUUCCAGAA